UCAUUGGCUUUUUAGGAAUUUCUUUACUGUUAAAUAUCUGGUGAUGAAGAUUGAUUUGAUGCGUGCUCAGUUCUUCCUCUUAUCACUUGCAACCAACCUAUUCACUCAAGGUGAACUGUGAGAUCUUGACAAUUCUUUUGAAAUGUUAUUGCACGAAAACUGUUGCAGUCCUAUCCUGUGAUCAUCACUAAACAUGACAGAGUAUUAUAUUGGUGGUUGCAGUUGUCUGAGACACAGGCAGGAGCAGAUCGAUAUGUUAAAGUGCAUGUUCCUCUCUCUCUCAAGCUAUGUUUGCAGUUAGCUUGCAGCAGUGAAUGCUAGUAAUAGUUCAUGCUAAAGGGUAUCAGUGUCCGUGUAUUUUGGAGGAUCAUUGCUUGCAUCAUUUCUACUUCAAUAACGUUACAACUACUCCCUUCUUGUGGCAAGCUUUCACUGUCCCUGAAAGCUAUAGCUGUGUAUGCAUUUGAGAAGAAAAGGAAACCUUUUCUUCGUACUCAUCUUUUCAGCAGUUAGCCCUAGUUGAGUAUAUGGAUUGGGAUUGAUUGAGACCGUUCAAUUAAAACCAUUAGCCGUUUUAAGUUUUGGAGCACCUAACUGUGAACCUGUGAACCGGUAAGUUCGAUCCUACCAAUGAGAAUAGUGCCUGAACCCCAUUCAUUGGUCAUCAUGUGUAUGCCAACUACUAAUUAUUUUUUUAAAAAAAAAAUCAUAUGAAUUGUUAAUUGGUAUGCCCACGACAACCAAUGAGUGGGUUCGACACUACCCUUACUAAAAAAUCGAACUUACCCGUAAGGGUAGGAUCGAACUUACCCUGUGAACCUUCCAUAAACAAAAACAUGAAACCUUUUGUAUGCAGUGCUUUACUACAUCAUGGAAUGGCGCCACUGACUAAAUUCAAGGAUUGACGCAUGCAUCAGAUUUGGUGUAGGAUUCAGGAACUGCGUAACUAUUAGUUUGUGUCUCAUUGUUUGGAAGAGUAUAUUCUUUCUGCCCUCUUAAAUGCAACCACUUCUCACUGGCUCAUUCAAUUGCACCGAGCCAAGCAAUGUUAUGCUGCAAAACCUGCAAAGUGAAGGAAAGAAAGCAAAUCAGUAUUUUUUGUGGAUCAAGAAUUUGAGAAGUGCUCCAAGUCAUGUGAGUGCAGGAUGGUAAUGCUUCUCGUAGAAACAAGUAGGCCCUUGUUUGUUUUCUUGUUGCAGUAGUAUUCUGAGCACCAUGUGGGAUUCAGCAAGGAAGAGAACCCUCUAUCAUUGCAAAUAUCGAUUUGGUUAGUUAAGGAGUCAAUUGCUUGCAUUAGGUUUAUUCAAGUUCCACUUUGUUCUCUCUUGUCAACCUGGAACAGGCAAAUGACACACUUGAAAGCAGCAUUUGGUAAUUAACAGCAAAUUUCCUAUUCUCCUUAUAAAUUUUAGCCUCCUUGCAUGGGAAUGCUGCAUGAAGGAGGCCUAGUGGACCACGGAUCGAGCGGCCAUGAUCAAAUCCCGCCCGAUCAGACAGCCCUGGGGAACCAUCUGGCCGAUUACUCUAUUGCCCUAAUUUCUUUUUCUUGCAUCUACGAGUACAAUGGCAUUUAUUUCUUUGCACCACUGGACAAAACUGACGAGGCUGAGACUUUUGAGUAAUGUUCGCAGUCCAAUUUUCCACGUCCAUUAUAAGGUUAGGCUGGUGGUCCUCAAUAAUGUUCUCAGCAGCAGCACAUGAUGAGCUAUCAUCCUUUUGUUAAGGGAGGGAGAAACAGCCUUUUACCGGGUUACUUUAAGGAGCAAGUGAGCAACAGCAGACAACAUUUUAGUAACCGUGGAAAUUCAUAUUUAAAUUGUUCAUGCCUCACACAAGUUAUAUGAAGACACGCACACGUGAAGCUAUGGCCACUGCCUUUCACUCCAUGGAGAGCUGCCUCAGCCUGCAGGAGAGAAGCUCUCAGGAGAGCAGUGAGGUGGGCAAUGACAACGCAAGUGGUUCAUCGAAGAUAAGUUGCAGAGGACACUGGAGGCCGACCGAGGACUCAAAGCUCAAGGAACUGGUGGAGCUCUACGGCCCGCAGAAUUGGAACCUCAUUGCGGGGAAAUUGGAGGGAAGAUCUGGGAAGAGUUGCAGGUUGAGAUGGUUCAACCAGUUGGAUCCAAGGAUCAACAGAAGGCCAUUCAGUGAGGAAGAGGAGGAGAAGCUGCUAGCUGUUCACAGAAUGCAUGGCAACAAGUGGGCUAUGAUCGCGAGGUUCUUCCCUGGAAGAACAGACAAUGCGGUGAAGAACCAUUGGCAUGUCAUCAUGGCCAGGAAGUACAGGGAGCAAUCCAUGGUCUCGCAGAGAAGAAGGCUCAGGUUGGAGGAAGAUGCUCAAGCGUCGUCUCCUUGCUUCGCAUCCACUGGCUUGGAUCACAUACGGGAGAUUACUUCUCGAACCGCUCCAUUUGAUUUCUUCUCUGUCGAUCGUCCCAGAGUUAAUGAGUUAAACCAGCUAUAUCAACAAUCAAGCCAUGCUUCAGUCAGUGAGACACCACCAUAUGCUGAGGAAGAAAUCAACAACGUAAACGUUGAUGAUGCAGCAAGAAGCUUCAUAGAUUUCCUUGGAGUAGGAGGAGCUGCCAAUUGAAGCAAUUAGAAUGAGAGGAAAGUAAUUGUAGAACCUUUGAACGGCAAAUUCCCAUCAAACUCUCCUGAUCAGUAGUAAUUAAUGGUAACAAUUCCUAAUCUUUUAGAAAGCUGGCUCCUUCGAACUGCACUGAUAGAGAAAUACAUGUCAAACCAAUUCGCCAC